GACUGAACGCGCGGGUCUCCGUCUACUACGUCGCGGGUCGCAAAUAAGAGUCGGCUCGAUACGUGUCGUGCGGUUCCCAACAUCGUCGAGAUGAGCCUGACCGCGGACGACAGCGUGUUACAUGGAGCAGACAAUACAUGAGAGGACUGACGGAAAAACUGAGAACCGGAGUGUCGUGACAGUGAACCGAGAACCCUGACCGCAAAUCAUGUGCAUGGCGAAUUGAGCAGUGCAGUGAACCCCGACAUUGUCGCGUCUCUCUUGUGAUUGUUAUUAAACCAACGCAUCGUGAGACGAAAGUCUCAACCACGGCAGCAAAAUUGAGCUGGAGCUGCACCAACGAGCCGCCGGCUUUAUGAGAGCCGGCGGCAACAUGUGCGACGGCUCCUUCACGGAAACCUUACGCACGAUGCAAGGCAUGACGGGAACAUCGCCAACGGCCGGUGCCGGUGUCGGUCCCAUGGGGGUCGGCCUCGGUAGCCCUCUCGGUCCAGCAGGCAAGAAAGUGCAAGCGGAACACAUUAAACGGCCGAUGAAUGCCUUCAUGGUCUGGUCACGAUUGCAGCGACGGAAGAUCGCGCAAGAAAAUCCUAAGAUGCACAACAGCGAGAUCUCCAAGAGGCUUGGUGCGGAAUGGAAACUCCUCUCGGAGGAACAGAAACGUCCCUUUAUCGAUCAAGCGAAGAGGUUACGUGCUCAACACAUGAAGGAACACCCGGAUUACAAAUACAGACCAAGAAGAAAACCCAAGACCUUGCGCAAGGAAGGCUAUCCGUACAGUAUUCCAUACCCGAGUGUGCCUAUGGACGCACUUCGAGCAGGGAUGGCCGGUAGCAUGGGACAGGCAGGGAUGGGCUCCUAUUACAGCCCUGCGGCGGCUUACGGCCCCCUCUCGGCGGCCAGCAUGGCUGCGGCUGCGGCAGCGGCUGCACAACAAUCGGCUGCCGCCAUGUCCGCCGGUCUCGGGGCACCUGCUCAAGUGGUGAGCUCGAUGGACGCCAUGAAGUAUUCGAUGGAAGCUGACAAAUAUCGCGCUGCCUACAUGCCGCCCAGCAGUCUCGCGAUGAGCAUGUACCCGGAUCCCAAGUAUCUGGACUCAAAUCCCAAGACCUAUCUGGACCGAAGCUACUUGGAUUCAGCGAAGGCGUACUUCGAGCAGUCGAAGCUCUACAUGGAUCAGAAACCGCCCCUUGUCGACUACAACCGGCCCAGCUACGAGCCCAACAAGCUUUACGAGGAAUCCAGCCCGGGUAGCGUUGUCGGCGGAAGUGGACCUGCGAGGUCACCGGCCGCGGAGUCACCGGACACAAGCAAGCAGCACGAGAGAACGGAGCAAGCCUCUUCCAGCGCAAGCUCGACAUCCACAUCAUCGGCCGCGAGUCCCGGAGCAACUCUACCAGCGUAUUAUCCCGGACCGGUCCAGGCUGGUGGAUUGUUGGGCCCGCAAAUGGGUCAGUACGGUGGAUAUCAGACGGCACCGGCCCCGGGAAACGAGUCUUUCCGCCGACCACUGACAGUCAUCUUCUGACCCGAUAGAACAUAGCUCUGAUCCAUCUUCGAGGAACAGUUGCUGUGAACCUGGUCGAAUCGUGACGACGACUAUCGCGGAUUCGGCAGAACGACACUACGACGCUCUGGCAGAGGAUCUGCCCGAAUCUCAGCAGUCGGAGUUCCGACGAUCAGAAGAUAUCAUCUUUUGUCCAAAUGCAUUACGGUUUACGGUGCAUAUAAAGAAGAGAGGGGGGAGGGGGGGGGGGGGCUGCGGAUCUCAUUGGAUUGUCAUGACUACGGCGGAUAACAUGAAAUGAAAGUGGAACAUUGUGUGUGAUAGUGUUCUAGGAAAACAUUUUCUUUAUUUUACUAGAUGGAUUCCCUGGAUUUUGCCAAAUUAUCCGACGAUAAUUAAUGGUGGUCGUCUUCUCAUCGUAUAAUGGCUACUGCCAACUGACGUGCACCAAUGAUGAAAUCUUUCCGGAGUAUCUUUUGUUAGAAAAAUAUUCCAAACGGGCUUGAAAAAAAAAGAUUGUGAUAACUUUUGUUAACUAAUUGUGGACGGGUUAAGCGCAAUAAAUGAAGAUUUCACGAAAUUGAGUGGAACUUCAAGAAGAUGUAAAAGAAUGAUAGACAACUCCAGUCAAUGAGGGAACUAUUUUCAAAGACAUUAUUAUUUUAACAGUUUAUAUCGUGUAUCCUUUGAAAGGAUCGUUGAUCGAUCGGGAAGAAUUUCAUCAAAGGACUAGAAAGAAUUUAAUAUUUUCCUGGCGAUGGAUAUACUCAAUAAUAUCGCUACGAGAGGGCAAGAAGAGCAACCAGACCAACAGACUAUUCUGAAAGAUAAAGGACGACCAAACGAUGAUCAUAACAUCAUUGCAGAUCACAACGAAGACCGAGAGGACUUUCGCUGUGUCGUCGGCUGACUAGUCUUGACCGAGACGUGUUAAGAAUACAUUGUACAUAGUCCCUGUGUAAAUAGUGUAGCAAAAACUUGGCUGUUCCGGGUUUCCGCGCGCGAAUCCGCUUUCUUACGUUCUCCAUCCCCAGACACAAGAACGCGUAAUCCUUGAAGAGAAAGCAGUACAAAUGGAAUCGUGUGCGUAAGUGGUAUCGGAAACCUAUCGCGAACAUUUGAUCAUUGGAACGACAUAAUGUUUUGAACGACUUAUCUUUUGUUUCGUUUGCCUUCAACCCUCAAUUUGGUUAAAAAUAUAUAUUUAAUCAUAUGCUCGCUAAAAUGUUGCUGGGUACACUUUUGUAUAGGUUAGCCAAAAUGAUAGAUAUUAGUUUCGUUAAGUAACUAUAAUUUCGGAUGUAUGAUCAAAAGACACUGGUGAUAAAUCGACAAGAGAUGGGCGCAAAACUUUCUUAUGUUACUAAGUCAUUUACAUGAUGUCAUUUAUAUUGUACUUAUUUACUUGUAAUUUAGGAAUUCAGAAUUGUAUAUAUCGAUAAAUUUCAAAUUUGGUUACUCAAUUCGAGUAUCACCAGCUGUGGGUUGAGAAGUUCCGAUAGCCCACGAAUAUUAAUAAAUUUUUCUCCGUGCAAACUUGUCACAGAAGAUCGUUCAACUUUUCCGCGCGUUUUCCUUCGCGGAGAAAUUGAAAUGAUUGAAUCACUGUUUACUUACGAUUAUCGUACGUCAAGAAUAAGAAAUCGCAUUUCUAAUUUUGCUAUCGAUAAAAUAGCAAACGAUAUUUAUUAUUAAUUUUUUUAAUUGUAAAAAAAUAUUGUGUUGUUUUUGUUUAUAUCUGGGUCAAAAUGCUUACGCGAAUAACGAGUAGCAAUUUUAAAUGUGUAUGAUUAAUUUUACGUCGCAUAUUUAUAUAAAAAAAAUUAUAUGAGUUUAUCGUUAUAUGUUAUAUAUUCGAAAUUGUUAUUCGUUAUUUACGAAUAUAUUUUGGCCAAUUAACGUUCACCAUGUUCUUCAUGCAUAAUAAUUGUAGAAAUAUAAAAGUAUACACGACACCUGUUAUAAUUUCCUGAUCGACAAAGGCACGCGAUCAUUUCCGCCUUUUGUUGAUUACCUUCCAACGUUCGAAUCUGUUAUCAUUUGAUAGCGUCGAUCAAAUCGACUUUGCGAGGGGGGAGGGGGGGGGAUGAACUCCAGAAAAAACGUUUCACUCGAGACAUUCCCGCUAUACAACGUGUAUAAUCUUUGUAUUCGUAUCGUCACGAUGAACCUUAAGCUGUAUCGAUUAUCCGCGUAUUACAUUACAUGCGACACAAGUAAAUUAUAAGUAUUGUACCGUA